AUGGCCACCGAGACGCUGAGCCGUCCUUCGCAGUUUCAACUCGCUCUGGCCUUAGCCGUCGUUAAAUCAAAGCCGUCGGAUACAAGCAUUCGAGAACAUAUCCUAAAGCUCAGAAACUAUAUUUCCACUGGAAAGAGAACAUACGUGGAGACAAGCGGUCAGGAGAAUCAUCUCGAUAGCACCGCCUUCUGGCGUGAGGCGUACGAGAAGUCAGAAGCAGCGCAAAGCAAACUCCUAGAUAAAAUAUACGAACUAGAGCAACGCAAUGAAGCCCGUGUGCUGCGAGAGGGAUGGGACAACCCCUUCGAGGUGGCAUUGCCGGGGCAAAGCAAGGCACCGACGGAUCCCAAACGACCGACAUCAAGCCGUCCAAACAAGAGGGCCAAGACAAUGAGCGUAGAAUCUCAGACCUGUACCCAGCCCUUUAGCAGGAACUGGCUACAGCAUAAUCUCGAAGCCUUUCAGUUUUGUGGAGGCUCUACAACACACCUUAUGAGGAAUUUCCAUACCCUGCAGACCUUACUGCGGAAGAAAACAAAUCCCGAGGCUAUAGCUGAUGUUAUUGUAUCAAUAUGCAGAAUGCUCGAGACAGCCUUACUUUCGGCUGUUCAAGACGAGACAGCUCAAAAGUAUCCUGCAAAAAGAGGAAAGGAGCCUAUCCAAUCACCUCUACAACAACUUUCAAUUAUCCUCGCAAGGAUCUAUCCAACCAUUUUGCAAGGCCUAACCAGGACAUCGAGCAUACGUGAAGCCAGGGCAAGCGCUGGACUCAUGGUCUACCACAUUACCGUAUUGUUCCAGCAGAUGAUGCAGCAGUCAUACCAGUAUGCCCUUGCCAAAGCAGAUCCAGGAAGCUCAGAUGAAAAGCCCCCCGCAAAAUCCAGGCAAAAACCAAAAGCUAAAACAACAAGGCAGAAGAAGAAGCCUUCUGACAAACCACCUCCAGGCACCGAAAAUACCCUAGCCUGUUUCGCGCGCAUUGCAUCCAUAAUGUUUAUAUCCUUGGACCCAGGAAAGCCUGAACACAAGGGCGUACUAGAAGGGCUCACGUUUGUGAUUUUGGAACAUAUAGGCAAGCUCCUUGGAAUUAUCACGUUCAGGGACUUGUCGUCCAAUGCAGAGCUGUCUACUGUGAACCCCAUGCUCCCCCUUCCAGCAUGCUUAACAGCCACCAAUAACAGUUUAAGAGCGCCAAUACCUGAAUUAGCUGAAAUAGCCGCACUCUGGAACUCAAAGCAUCUAUUAUGGCUUCUGGAAAAGGCAGUGCUAUAUAUGGACAAACACCAAGAAUCAUUCGAGCAAACAUCGAUAUCAGCAAAUGGUGCAUUGCCAUUAAAUCUACUUGCGGGUGCAAGGGCCAGGCUACAACGUACCCUCCUCAAGGGUGUAUUUGGUGCCGAUGAUACUUCACUUGAGGACUCAUUGAGCUUCCCCCUGGAAAUCAUUUCAGACACUAGCCAUUCAGUGCCACCAAUCGAUUCCCAGGAAUGCCCAGGGGAGUGGUUCACUCAGGAAGUCUGGACGCUCCUUGGCUGGGACACACUGCUCGAAUGCGAAUGUCUGGAGCAGGAAAAGAGUAUGAGGAAUGAAUGA